UAUGAAGAAAGGCUCUCUAAACUUUUUGAACCGAAAGAGUACAUCUCUUUUCGACACCAAUGUUCAAAUUAAGGACAUAGAUAACUUGGACCUGGUGCUGGACUCAAACACUAUCCCAGAGUCCGGCACAGCCAAAGUCCGGGCAAGACCCACAGUCAAACAUGUCAGUCUGUAUGGAGAUAGUAUAGUGGGAUUCGCAGUUCCCACCCCUAAAGUUCCUGUUCUGCCUCCUGUCAGUGAACCCCAGAGUAAACAUACAGGAAGUACUGAAAGACUCUUUAAUGGAGGUUUGAUUGCUGUUAGUGAUCCAGAAGAGGGAGAGAUUUUGAUCCCACCUCCUCCCUCAGUGGCCCCACCACCUCCACCACCCCAAUUCAUUCCACCAUCACCUCAGUAUAUCCCUGCUCCACAAGAAUUUGUUAGGGAACCGGACCCGUCUGUAGACUUGGCUAGGCUACACCCACCCUCCAUGCCUGCCCCAAAGCCACCAUCACAGAUUGGCUCUAUAGCAUCAGAGGAACUGCACCUGGCCUCGCUCAAGCCUCCACCUAUGGUUCCCCCAAAACCUCCUAGUGACACCCCUAACCUAAAAGACUCGAUCCCCAUUAACAACAACAUAAACACAGCCCAGAACAUACCUCCACUUCCUCCAGGUGAGAAACCCCAGUUCUCCUUUCCCAAAACCCAGAAGACACCUCCUCCAAAGCCUGUCAGACUGUACACCGCCUCCAGCCUCGAGUUACUCCAAGCUGGACCAGCUCCGCCUGCUCCCACACCCUCAGCAACCCCAGCUUCCAGCUUCAACCCACAAACCCCGGCCAAGCUGUAUAAUGUGCCAAAAACAACUGUUCUCCACAGCCAAUCAGACUCAGAGGCAAAGACACAGCACAUCCUGCUCCUAGAGGACUCUUCUGGAAAGCCAGUUGGAGUUCAUGUCAAUGGGAAAAACCCUCCAGUUAAGGACCUCAAUCCAGCCCAAAGCCUGGGGCCUCCAACUAAGCCAAUGCGGUGCAACAGCUCAGGUCUCCAGCUGGAACAAGACCUACAGGUCCAAAGAGAGGACUUGCAGGAAACACUACCCAACCAACUUCCCAUCCAAACUAAACCAAACAACCACGCGCCUUCAAAAGUAAGGAUGCUACAGGAAAUCCCAGCCCCUAUUAAAGAUUCCCCCAAAACAGAAGGGUCUCCAUCAGCCCAAGACAUAAGACAGGUGAAGGAGCAGCAGGCGUCUUCAGGCAGAACGCGCUAUAGCCCAUUACUGAACAGAAAGCUACAGGUCCUGCGAGGACACGAGAGCUCUGGGGUGAAGGAGGCUGCAGCGUCUCCACUGGCCCUCCUGAAAGCUGCCAAGGAACGAGACAAGCAGCGUGCGGUGCUGUCCAGACAGAGUAGCACCCAGAGCAGCAGCUCUUCUGAGUCCACUAACUUCAGCACCCAGCCCAGUGAGACAAGACCCAACUCCUGCACAGUCUCCUCAAAUGCUGCAUCCUUCUCCACAGAACAGCCCAAACUGGCUGCCACGACAGACCCUGAAACUAAAGCCCAGAUCACACAGUUCUCACCCAUCAAGCCUGUAAUGUUUCCCAAUCCCCCACCCUCCAUCAGCCUUCUUGGUAUAGGUCCCAUAAAGCAGGGUGAACCUACCUUGUCAGCAUCUCUGCCAGGGCAGGUUAAGGAUCAUGAGAAUGUUAUGGGUAUUCCCUUCAUCCCUCCUCCACCUGAAUUUGCUAACUCUCAUGAAGAAGAUAAAGGGCCAACCAGGACACCUACACCUGAACCACCUCUGAAGAGUGUUAUUCCACCUGUAAAAUCCAAUUCUUUAACCAAUGGCCCUUCUACUUUCCCUAAACCUGCAUCAUCCACAAACCCUGCACCCGUUACUGCUUCUCCCAGCACAGAAUCAAAAAUAAAAAUGCCAGUUCAGAUCAAACCAAAGCCCCCACCAACCCAGGCCCCAGUCCAACCCAAAAUCCAGCCCCCUCCCCCUCCUCCAGUACAGCCCCCAACUCCACCAAAGAUCCAGCCUCCAACUCCACCAAAGAUCCAGCCCCCAGGCCAAACUAAAACCCAGACCCCAGCUCUACCUCCUCCACAGGCUUCCCCUGCUGUCUCUGCCAGCCAUGCCACCCUGCUCAGCAUCCUGCAUAAGAAGAUGCUAGAAAUGGACCCCAAGUUCCUUCCAACCCGAGAGGCAGACCCCAGUGGAGAUGACUGGAACUCACCUCUGUCUGAUGAUGAUGGUGUGAGCAGUCCACCCCUAAAAUCAGCCACCAAACCGAAGAGUUUUCCCAUCCAGGGCCAAGGACUGGACAUGAAAGAACUAGAGACCAAAAUGGCCAAGAAAGCUCAAAACACAACUGCCAAAGCACCUGCCAGCAGUAAGUCAAAGCAGCAGUACGGCAUGACGUUCACUGUGAGGCCUGGAACAGAACAGCCCAUCACACCUUUGCCCAAAGCAGAGUGACUUCACAAGUAAUUUCUGAAUCUGAAACAUGCUUCAGUCUCACACUCAAGCGUCUGUACCUAUAUAAAGUACGAGUAAGAAUGAACUGACGCUUCAUCUAGUCAGUUUUGGAGGCACAGAUUUGGGGAAAUUAUGUAAAGCUUUUCAACAAAGACUAUAUUUUAGUGUCAUUAAGACCAGCUGUAAUGUUUGGUUGGGACAUGUACUCAUCAUUCUACUGCUGAAGAGCAGGUUUGACUUAUUCCGUUGCCACGUUGAACUCACCAAUGUGCUUACAGUGGAACAUAUACGACGGAUAAAACAGGACUGUGUGUCAUCGGCUUCUGAAGAUACUUUUGAGUCCGUUUUAGUAGGAUUUUUAAAUUGGACUUCACUGCCCACCUAGUGCUGGGAUUUUUCUACAAAGCAUGAAAAACACAGUAAAUACUGACAGAGAGAAUGGCAGAACCAUAGGAAAGGAUUAGGAUUAGGCUCUGGGAACAGGUUAUCAGAACGCUCUAGCCCAGUAGCGCUCUAGUGAAACAGGAGUUUUCAUAGCUCUCAUGGCUAAUGGUAAAGCAAUAAUAAGACUUAAGGUUUUUUAAAGCCUUAUUGGCUUGUGUUUAAUCAAGAGGCAGAUGAGAUGCAGUUGAGAUUUUUAUUUUCUUGAGUUUGUCCUUAAAUGAUGCCUCUAGUUACUAUAAAGAUUUAAGAGGCUGCUAGAGAAAGCAAACCACAAUAUUUAAGAUAAAAACAUGUACACUGCAUAAUUAAAUCACCAUCAAAACACACUGUAUAAAUCAU